AUGGACCAGUUCCACGACGGUCACCACGUGAGGCUGCGGAGCCGCGUGCAGCGCACCUACCUCCACGCAGCCGACGACGGGGUGGGCGUCACGCUCCACGAGCGCCGCGCCUCCAUGAACGCGGCGUGGGCGGUGCACAUCUACGACGGCGACGACGGCCUGUACCUGCUCCUCCACAGCGCCGCCUACGGCCGCUACCUCGCCGCCACGGCCACGCCGGCGAGGUUCGGGCACCGCGGCCUCCGCGCGGAGCUGCGCGACUACGACCAGCCUCAGGUGGAGGCCAUCAUGUGGCGGGCCGUCGGGUCGGGCUUCGGGGACGACCUCGUCCUGCUCCGCAACGUCAGCGGCCCCUACCUCCGCGCCAACGGCAGGUACCUCCGCUGGAACACCGGCGUCAGCGUCGACUACAGAGCCAGCUCCAUGAUGUACUGGAUCGUCGAGCCCAUCACCGCCAGAGAGGACAUGCCUGCCCUUCCUGCCCCGCCUCCGAAUCCCCCAUACAUAUACCUCCCCCUCACGUUCAUGUAUCUGGACCUGGAGCCGGAACGGCUGAUCCGGUUCGUGCGGGCGCUCGACGACGGGCACUACCCCGAGGACGAAGGCUGGAGCCAGUUCUGGUUCAGGGGGAGCUCCGCGUUCCGCCUGAGGGACGACCUGGGGUUCCUCGUCGCCGCCGGCGUGUACUACCGGAACAUAGCCAUGUGCGUCCGAGCGGGCCGCUACGGGAGGCUGACCCCGCUCGUCGUCGACCUGCCAGACGGUGGCGAGACCCUCGAAAUCGUCGUCCUCAUGGCUAACACCCCUGCCUACAAUGAGCUGCGACACCCGGAUGUCGAUGCGGAGUAG